AUGGGAGUUCUUCAUCCUAACAAAGUUGGAGACAUUUUUACCACACAACCCAACGAAAAUAAUAUUCAUAUAAUUGUCGAGUUGCCUACCUCUCCUUCCGGCAAACGAAAAAACGAAAAGUCUCUCUCUCAAUGGAAUUCGGGCUGGAUUCGAACUGAAGAAAAGGGUCCAAGAUAUUCAUGUUUAUCAAGUCAUUACAGAGCUUAUCGCGACAAAUAUUCUUUCAAAUUUUGCCGUUUUCUCGUUCUCACUGAUUUAAAUGAUUGUUGGAUAUUCUAUUGGCUUUCAAAUGAUAGAACAGUUAUGAUGUUUCGAGCCAUCGAUUCAAGUAAUGCUCUUGACAUUAUUGGGAGAACACUUGACGAAGAUUCCAUUUCUACCGCAACUACUACCAUUGACCCUAAUUUUCCUAUUGGAUCGAGAAUUAACUUUUGUCAUUUGGGAAAUUUACAAGGAGAAGCAUCGGAAAAUGUGGACCUAUUUUUUAAUAGACCUAAGGUCCAAUUCGAAUUUGAGGAUGAUGUCGCGAACAUGAAAGAUAUGUUUGACGAGAUGACUGAAGAGGAGAUAAAGGGUUGGAAAGUAAGACGAGUAAUAAAGCUUUUUGGAUGA